UUUCCAGACUGCCAAAGACACCAAUGGGGUGCAAGGACCUGUUGGUGUGGUUCCUAUUUUUGGCAACACCGGAUUGGUCACUCUCAUCAGAGGCCAACCAAUUAAAUGCUGCACUGGGAAACAGCAACCAACCAGAGGCCCUCAUCGCUGCUCAGAAUAUAGUAAACCAAUCAGUAUCAGCUAUCGCCAAGCAAGGAAAACCAGUGGAAAAGCAAGCUGUGUGCGUACAGCCAGUGUUCUCCCUUUGUAACCCGUUCCAGCCCAACCAAUGCUGCCCGUUCCAGAACCAACUGUGUUUGUUUGUGGGCCUUGCAACGACAAGCGUACCAAUCUGCUUUCCGUGUGGCGCGCGCUCCCAGUUCUGUGUGCCAGGGGCCACGCCAGGUUUUGUCGGCACUUGUUGCCCAGGUCUGGUGUGCGGCGGCAUUGGCUUUGGCAGGGGCGUGUGUCUCAAUCCGAGGUGACUCUGAGAGUUGACUGAUCGAGGUUUCAUUUCA